CCUCAGUUUGCAAGAACAACAUGUUAUAGAUUUAACAUUCUGCUCAUCAAUACUGUGUGUAUUUUACAAAUAAACACGAAAACCAAAUACUCAUGAAAGAAUUAUUACUUGUUUUCUUCUGUUACUCGUUUGUAUUAGGAAACGUUAAAGUUGUGGUAGCUCAAGACACCAUAAAAACAAGCCAACAACUCAAAGAUGGUGAAACCAUAGUUUCUGCUGGAGGAAACUUUGAACUUGGAUUCUUUAGUCCCAAAAGUGCUGUAAAUCGAUAUGUUGGAAUAUGGUACAAGAAGGUAGGUACCGGAACUGUGGUUUGGAUUGCCAGCAGAAACAAUCCUAUAAGCAAUAAAUCCGGAGUUCUAACCCUCACUCCUCAAGGAAAUUUGAACAUCAUUGUCAAUCUCACAAGUCAUGUUAUUUGGUCUUCAAAUUCAUCGGCAUUAGGUAAGAAGAUUGACACAGUUGCACAACUUCUGGAUACAGGGAAUUUUGUUGUCAAAGAUGUGAAGGAUAAUAAUGUUUUGUGGCAGAGUUUUGAUUAUCCAACGGAUACUUUGUUAGCUGGGAUGAAGUUUGGAAUUGAUAAGGUUACCGGAUUAGAUAGGUAUUUGACGUCUUGGAGAAGUAAUGAUGAUCCAGGUACAGGUGAUUAUACUUAUCGAUGUCAUCCUCAAGGUUUCCCUCAGUUUUUAAUUACAGAUGGUUCCAAAAAGAAGAUUUACAGGCUUGGAAACUGGAAUGGGUUCAUAUUUAGCGGAUUUCCGAGAGAGAUCAGCAACAUCAGUCUAAGUUUUGUAUACAAUGACAAGGAGGUUUACUACAUGUAUAAUAUUGUUCACAGCUCUAUAAUUACAAGAUUGGUGCUAACUCAGAAUGGUGUUGCAGUGCGACAGGUAUGGGCUGAGAAAAGUAAGAAUUGGGCUGAUUUUCUAUCCGGACCAACAGAUCUCUGCGAUAAUUAUGGCAAGUGUGGUCAAUUUGGUAGCUGUAACAUUGCAAAUGCUGUAAUUUGUGAGUGUUUAGAUAAAUUUAAGCCAAAGUCCCCCAAGGACUGGAAUGCGGGUGACUUUUCUGAUGGUUGUGUUCGGGAGACAUCAUUGGAUUGUGAAAAUGGAGAUGGAUUUCUCAAGUAUUCAAACAUUAAAUUGCCAGACACAGAGAGUUGCAGGAGUAAUGAGAGCAUGAACCUGAAGGAUUGUGAAAUGUUAUGCUCAAAGAACUGCUCUUGUACUGCCUACACAACUUUGGACAUAAGUAAAGGAAGUGGCUGUUUGAUUUGGUUUGAUGAGCUAAUCGACAUCAGGCAAGCGCCUCGAGGAGGUGGUCAGGACAUCUAUAUUAGAAUGGCAGCUUCAGAGUUAGGUGGCUCAAAGGGAAAGACAAAGAAGGUGGUCAUAAUAGUCAGUUUGAUAUCAAUCGGCGCCCUUGUGCUAGGCCUAAGCUUGAUAAUAUACAUGUUUAAGAAAAAGAAGAACAAAAGGCAGGAAGGGAGGUUCACGCUUGAUACCGAGCAAUUCCAAUCCAAGGAAAGCCAGCAGGAAGAUCUAGAGCUACCACUAAUCGACUUAUUUGCAAUAGAGAAAGCUACAAAUUACUUUUCUGUGAAUAAUAUUCUUGGAGAAGGUGGAUUUGGUCCUGUAUACAAGGGAAUAAUGGAAGAUGGAAGAGAGAUAGCUGUAAAGAGACUCUCAAAGACCUCUAGGCAAGGAACAAAUGAAUUUAAGAACGAAGUUGUCUGCAUUGCAAAACUUCAGCAUCGAAAUCUUGUCAAGCUUUUAGGAUGCUGCAUUCAAGAAGAAGAGAUGAUGUUGAUCUAUGAGUAUCUUCCAAAUAAAGGCUUGGACUUCUUUAUCUUUGAUGAAAAGCGAAGCAAAUCACUUGACUGGCCUGCCAGAUUCAAUAUCAUAAAUGGGAUUGCUCGAGGACUUCUGUAUCUCCAUCAGGACUCUAGACUACGAAUUAUCCAUAGAGAUCUUAAAGUAAGCAAUAUCUUGUUAGACAAAGAUUGGAACCCAAAGAUAUCUGACUUUGGCAUGGCUAGAAUUUUUGGAGGAGAUGAGACAGAAGCAAGCACCAGAAGAGUGGUCGGCACAUAUGGCUAUAUGUCUCCUGAGUAUCAACUGGACGGUCUUUUCUCAGUAAAAUCAGAUGUAUUUAGCUUCGGUGUUUUAGUGCUUGAAAUUGUAACUGGGAAAAGAAACAGAAGAUUCUUUCAUCCAGAUCACCAUCACAAUCUUCUAGGACAUGUCUGGAACCUGUAUAAAGAAGGCAAGGCGGAGGAGCUGGUAGAUGCACAAUUAGGUUACUCAAGGCCUUAUCAGUCUGAAAUUUUGCGAUCAAUUCACAUAGGUUUGUUGUGUGUACAACAAGAUCCAGAAGCGAGACCAAACAUGUCCUAUGUUGUUAUGAUGCUGGGAAGCGAUGUUAUACUACCAGAGCCUACACAACCUGGUUUUUUCACAGAAAGAAACAAGUUUGUAUCUGACGACUCUUCAAGCCAGAACAUAUCAAAUACCGUGAAUGAAGUCACUGUCACACUACUAGAUCAAAAACAAACACUAAUGAAAGAAUUUAUACUUGUUUUAUUUUGUUGUUCCUUUGUAUUAGGAAACAUCAAAGUUCUGGUAGCUCAAGACGCAUUAAAAACAAGUCAACUACUCAGAGAUGGUGAAACUAUAGUUUCUGCUGGAGGAAACUUUGAACUGGGAUUCUUUAGUCCUGAAAGUUCUGUAAAUCGAUACGUUGGAAUAUGGUACAAGAAGAUAAGUACUGGAACUGUGGUUUGGGUUGCCAGCAGAAACAAUCCUAUCAACAACAAAUCCGGAGUUUUAACACUCACUGCUCAAGGAAAUCUGAACAUCAUUGUCAAUCUCACAAGUGAUGUCAUUUGGUCUUCAAAUUCCUCGACAUUAGAUAAGAAGAUCGACGCAGUUGCACAACUUCUUGAUACAGGAAAUUUUGUUGUCAAAGAUGUGAAGGAUAAUAAUGUUUUAUGGCAGAGUUUUGAUUAUCCAACUGAUACUUUAUUAGCUGGAAUGAGGUUUGGAAUUGAUAAGGUUACCGGAUUAGACAGGUAUUUGACGUCUUGGAGAAGUAAUGAUGAUCCAGGUACAGGUGAUUAUACUUAUCGAUGUGAUCCUCAAGGUUUCCCUCAGUUUUUAAUUACAGAUGGUUCUAAAAAGAUUUACAGGCUUGGAAAUUGGAACGGGAUCAUAUUUAGUGGAUUUCCAAGACCGGUAAGCAACAUUAGUCUAAGUUUUGUAAAUACUUACAAGGAGGUCUACUAUAUGUACAAUAUUGUUAACAGUUCUAUGUUUACAAGAUUGGUGCUUAAUCAGAAUGGUGUUGCUGUGCGACAGACAUGGGCUGAGAAAAGUAAGAAUUGGGUUGUUUUUUUAUCCGGACCAACAGAUAUCUGUGAUAAUUAUGGAAAGUGUGGUAAAUUUGGUAGCUGUAACAUUGCAAAUGCAACAAUUUGUGAGUGCUUGGAUAAAUUUAAGCCAAGGUCUCCCAAAGAUUGGAACGCGGGUGACUUUUCUGAUGGUUGUGUUCGGGAGAAAUCAUUAGAUUGUCGAAAUGGAGAUGGAUUUCUCAAGUAUUCGAACAUUAAAUUGCCAGACACAGAGAGUUGCAGGAGUUAUGAGAGCAUGAACCUGAAGGACUGUGAAAUAUUAUGCUCAAAGAACUGCUCUUGUACUGCCUACACAACUUUAGACAUAAAUAAGGGAAGUGGCUGUUUGAUUUGGUUUGAUGAACUGAUCGACAUCAGGAAAGCCCCUCAAGGAGGUGGUCAAGAUAUCUACAUAAGAAUGGCAGCUUCAGAGUUAGGUGCCCAUCUAGGUGGUUCUAAGGGAAAGAAGAAGGAGACAGUCAUAAUAGUCAGUUUGAUAUUCUCAAUUGGGGCUAUUGUGCUAGGCCUUAGCAUUACAAUUUACAUGUUGAAGAAAAAGAAGAGCAAAAGGCAGGAAGGGAGGUUCACCCUUGAUACCGAGCAAUUCCAAUCCAAGGAAAGCCAGCAGGAAGAUCUAGAGCUACCACUAAUCGACUUAUUUGCAAUAGAGAAAGCUACAAAUUACUUUUCUGUGAAUAAUAUUCUUGGAGAGGGUGGAUUUGGUCCUGUAUACAAGGGAAUAAUGGAAGAUGGAAGAGAGAUAGCUGUGAAGAGACUCUCAAAGACCUCUAGGCAAGGAACCAAUGAAUUUAAGAACGAAGUUGUCUGCAUUGCAAAACUUCAGCAUCGGAAUCUUGUCAAGCUUUUAGGAUGCUGCAUUCAAGAAGAAGAGAUGAUUUUGAUCUAUGAGUAUCUUCCAAACAAAGGGUUGGACUUCUUUAUCUUCGAUGAAAAGCGAAGCAAAUCACUUGACUGGCCUGCCAGAUUCAAUAUCAUCAAUGGGAUUGCUCGAGGACUUCUGUAUCUCCAUCAGGACUCCAGACUAAGAAUUAUUCAUAGAGAUCUUAAGGUAAGCAAUAUUUUGUUAGACAAAGAUUUGAACCCAAAGAUAUCCGACUUUGGCAUGGCUAGAAUUUUUGGAGGAGAUGAGACACAAGCAAAUACAAGAAGAGUGGUCGGCACAUACGGGUACAUGUCACCUGAGUAUCAACUAGAUGGUCUUUUCUCAGUAAAAUCAGAUGUGUUCAGUUACGGUGUUUUAGUUCUGGAGAUUGUGAGCGGAAAAAGAAAUCGAGGAUUCUUUCAUGCAGAUCACCAUCACAAUCUUCUUGGACAUGCAUGGAACCUCUUUAAAGAAGGCAUGACAGAGGAACUGAUAGACGCUUCAAUAAGCUACCAAGGCCAUCUAUCCCAAGUGCUACGAUCAAUCCACAUAGGUCUGUUAUGCGUUCAGCAAGAUCCGGAAGACAGACCGAGCAUGUCAUAUGUUGUUAUGACGUUGGGUAGUGAGGUUGUACUGCCACAGCCCAAACAACCAGGUUUUUUCCUAGAAAGAAAUAAAUUUGUAUCGGAAACUAAUUCAUCAAACCAAAACAUAUCGCUGUCAUGCAAUGACAUGAGCAUCACCCUGCUAGAUCCCCGAUAGGAAAGAGUUGAUUUUAGCACUAUGUUGUCUAAGAGAUGUAUAAAUUUGUUCAUGGCUACCAACUGACAUUCUUUUC